GUGACCUUCGCAUCUCUUCACCACCCCGUGGGUUGCACUCAAUUGAUAUAAUGUCUACGAACACAGCAAUCCUCUCGCAUUCAGCCGGUGACUUUUAUUUAUAGUUUUCUAGCCAUUACACCCUCUUUCUACGUCCCACAAGCAUCUGCGCCUCACCAGUAGAACUUAUCCUCCUGACACCGUCCACCACUCACCCUACUCUUCGACGACCGCCGUUAGCAUGCCACCUCAGCAUGUGGAGGUCGCGGAGACGAUCGCCGCCCUCAAAAGGGCUAUACGCCGCGAAAAAGAAGCACCCACAGACCAGACUAUUUCUUCGGCGACGAAUAGAGGGAACAAAUUGAAAAGAGGUGCAGGCUAUGUUCACGCGGGUGCUCUCCCGUACCCACAUGGCCCAGAUGGUUAUAAAGAGAAAAUCGAACACGCCGGCUACUCUCGAUAUAUCUUAGACCGAAAUCCAAAGCGAUACAACGAGUAUGGCGACGAGCUUGAAGCCAGCGAAAGCGACACCGAGGCCGACGCUGAUGCAGAAGAUGAAAAUCCUUACGCUGGCAUCCGGCUUGAAGAGCUCCUCUGUCCCCUAAAACAUCCUUCCGACCUUGCGUCUCACCCCACCUUAUCUCUCCCAUUUCUCGACAGCGCCCUCCCGGAUAUGGUGCGAUCGGUGGAAGACAAACUGCGCCAGGCAAGGGCCAAUCUAUGGCGAGCCAAAAACCUCAACAGACAAUUCAUGGGAGAUGAGCCUUGGAUGCCUUGUGGGAGUAUAGAAGGCCUCGAAGAUUGGGACAUGUUCGAACCUAAGCCCAGGUUUCCUACACAACAAGCGGGCAAAAAGAGAAAGCGUGAGCAUGCCAACGAAAUCCCUCAAAAUGGCGUCAAUGGGCAUAAUUAUGCUAAGGAGGACGAGACUUCAACUGAACCACCAAGACACACAGUAGAAGCAAAUGCUGAACUCACUAGUGAAAUGCAAUCAACAAAGAAUGCCAAGCCUGAGGAAGAAACGGGCUCAGUGAUCGAAGCGUCAACCAAAGAGCAGCCAGAAAUGAAGGACAAUGUACCGACUGCCAAUGGAGGGUACUCCGGAAACCAGGUCGAGGACUCUGGCGAGAAUAAAGAUCAACUGGCAGCCACGAACAGUGCUCAGAACCAGAAAGCGCAGAAUGGAGAGAAGAUGGACAUUGACGCAGACGAAAACGAGGACAACACCGCUUCCGACGAAGAGACACAACAACAACCUACUCGCAGAAUUACACGCGCCUUGGCCGCAGGAAACAACCCCUCCGACGCCGCGAGUCCUCCCUUAUCACCGCAAUCCACCACCUCAACCAUCGAUUCCUCCCUACUGCAACCCGACCCUCUAUUCCUCCUUCCUCCCACAAUAUCCGCCAAUCACCGCCUUCCCAACAGCCUGUCGCGCCUUGGUCUUCCUGUCGAAGAGUUCCUCGAAACCCGCCGGCUCCUGUCCAUGUACAUACAGAAACAAGAAGAGAGCGUAAGAGGUUAUGAAGCUGUACUGGGCAAACUGAUCAAGGCAAAGAGGAUGCGCGACAAGGUCUGGGAAUGGAGCAAGACAGAAGGUCAUGUCGGCGAGUGGUCCGACGGUGAGGACUGGAUCGACGCUGAAGCCUGGGGCCUGACUCCCGAAGAACUCAAGAAGGGCAAAGACGAAGAAGAGGUGGAAGGACAGGAAGACACGGGUAGAAAGGGCAAGAGGAGAAGAAGGGACUAGAAGUCCGAUUGCACAACCGAAGGAUUAGAAUACGUGAGGUCUACAAGGUCUACAAGGUCAACAAGGUCAACAAGGUCACACCCUGAUCCCGCAACGUCAGCGUGCGCUCAAGGUGUAGCAUAAUGAAACCCUCCGUCAUGAAGAAAUGAAAUCACCAUGUUCCUUGCUCGUACUUUCUCUCCUCCUUGCAAGGUGCUACGAGAUAAAGAUUGCUCCGGAGACUAUGCAAAGACGCCUGAUAACGCCGUUUCUGUAUGUCACUAGGCCAUCCCCAUCAAGACUACAAGGAUGAAAGAAGUUGUACUGUUUCUCUUGCGAGGAGCAUUUGUCCCGACGCCUUCCCAGCCUUCCUCAAUCCGAUGCAGCGAUCCGAAUGCAUCAAGUCCCUGACACUCCAUCCAAUUGGGUCCUACCAUGAGCUGCUCCCCUAAAGCGUCUCCUGUCCGGCGGUGGCAGCGGCAGCCUGGUGCUGUAAGCCCACGCCCUCAUCAUGCUCUUCCGUCG